GAUUAAAAUUUGUUUAGAGUGUAAUAUUUAUUUUGUGCGCUACUACUAUUAGUAUAAUUAGCUGUUUUAGACAUUAAACAGUUUAAAAAUAUUACUAUAAGUUAUUGAACGAGCUUAUCAAAUUUAAUUACACAUUUUUAAUACAUCACGGGUUAUUUUAAGAAUUUUACUACUGAUUAUUAAAAAAUAUGAAUUUUUUUUAAUAAAACUAGUUGCUAGGUAAAAAAAUUUUAAAAUGAAUUUUUUCAUAAAUGCCUUAUCAAAUUUGAGUUCAUGGAUGCCCACCAGUGUAAUUGGACUGACUACUGCUAUUGGUGCUGCAAAUUAUUAUUAUUAUUUGGUUGUGAAAAAGCCAAAAGUUUAUUGCAAAGAAGGAAGAUUCAAAACAUUUAUUUAUCAAAAUAUGCCUGUCAUCAAUAAAAAAUAUUGGCCUACUUUUUGGUGUUAUGAAGCAAGAUUACAGAGUAUAGUUUCAGGGUAUAUAAGAUCAUUAACUGUGCCUAAAAUUCCAUUUAAAAGGGAACUUUUAAAUCUUCAUGAUGGUGGUCAAGUAGCAAUAGAUUGGUUGGAACCUGCAAAAAAUGCUAAUAAUAAUCAUUUUACAAUUUUGUUUUUACCUGGAUUAACUGGUGAUAGUGAUUGUGAAUAUGUCAAAGCUGUGUCUUUAUCAAUCCACAAAGCUGGUUUUCGGUUAGUGGUUUUCAAUUAUAGAGGAAUAGGAGGAAUUCAACUAAAGACACCUAGAAGUUACAGUGCAAACAAUAUUGAAGAUUUGUUAGAAGUUAUCAUUCAUAUAAAACAUAAAUAUCCGAAUACAGUUUUAGGAGGCUUAGGCAUAUCUAUGGGGGGAUUGAUAUUGGGAAAUUUUUUGCAAUCAAAAGAGCAACAUACUUAUAAACAUUUCAUGGCAGCAAUGAUUGUUUCAGUGCCAUGGAAUUUAAAUUCAACUGUAAAAAAUAUUGAAAAACCUAUCAUUAAUUAUUUAAUAACCAACUAUUUAGCUAAUUGCCUUAAAAAACAAAUAAGGGACAAUCGUGGGAUACUAGAUUCUUCAAACUACAAGUGGAAUUAUGAUGAAAUUAUGAAAAGCAAAACUAUAAGAGAAUUUGAUAGAAAUUUCACUAUAAAAAUGUUUGGCUACAAUACAGUAGAAGAAUAUUAUGAUGCCGCGUCAUUACAUGAUAAAAUUGAUCGCUUUCAAACUCCAUGCUUAUUCCUUAGUGCUGAAGAUGACCCAUUUGCUCUAAAACAAGAUAUUCCAACAUCCUUAGCCUCUUCACUUGAAAAUGUUGCAAUUUUGGUAACUGCAAGAGGUGGGCACAUUGGGUUUCUGGAAGGUUCUUGGCCAUUCUCAAAUAAAAGUGAAUUCAUGAUGCAUACAAUCAAUCAGUACUUUAAUGCCAUUUUUAAUGAUAAUAAUUACAAUAAAUUUAUUUGAUUUCUUUACUUAUAUGAUUAUCUAUUUAAAAUAUGUAAGGAUAAUUGGAUAAAUAUACAUGUAUAAUUAGUAAUGAUUCAAAUAAAAAACUAGAUUU